CUCUCGCCUCUCAACCUCUCCCGCUCCUCAUCCCUCGUUUCCGUCGAAACCUCCCGUUUCCAGAUCUAGAAUGGCGACGAAGAAGAGUGUUGGUGCGCUGACGGAAGCCGAUCUUAAGGGGAAGAAGGUGUUCGUGAGGGUGGAUCUGAACGUUCCCUUGGACGAGAACCUGAAGGUCACCGAUGACACCCGGAUCCGCGCCUCCGUCCCGACGAUCAAGUACUUGAUGGAACGCGGCGCCAGGAUCAUCCUUGCUAGUCAUUUGGGUCGCCCCAAAGGUGUCACUCCAAAGUACAGCUUGAAGCCAGUUGUCCCUAGGCUAUCUGAGCUUCUUGGUGUUAAUGUUGCGAUGGCCAACGACUGUAUUGGAGUGGAAGUUGAGAAAUUGAUUUCUGCAUUACCAGAUGGAGGUGUUCUGCUUCUUGAGAAUGUAAGAUUCUACAAGGAGGAAGAGAAGAAUGAUCCAGAGUUUGCAAAGAAGUUAGCAUCAUUGGCUGAUCUCUAUGUCAAUGAUGCCUUUGGCACUGCCCAUAGAGCUCAUGCUUCGACAGAGGGAGUCACCAAAUAUUUAAAGCCAUCUGUUGCCGGCUUUCUUAUGCAGAAGGAACUUGAUUAUCUUGUUGGUGCUGUAGCAAAUCCCAAAAAACCUUUUGCUGCGAUUGUUGGUGGCUCUAAGGUUUCAACCAAGAUUGGGGUGAUGGAGUCAUUGUUGGAGAAGGUAGAUAUUCUCAUCCUUGGUGGGGGAAUGAUAUUCACAUUCUACAAGGCACAAGGCUAUUCUGUUGGUUCAUCACUAGUCGAGGAAGACAAGCUUAAUCUUGCUACAUCACUUCUCGAGAAAGCCAAGUCUAAAGGGGUGUCUCUCUUGUUGCCUACUGAUGUGGUUGUAGCUGACAAGUUUGCUGCAGAUGCAGAGAGCAAGAUUGUACCAGCGUCUGGAAUUCCUGAUGGCUGGAUGGGUUUAGACAUCGGUCCUGAUUCCAUCAAGUCAUUCAGUGGAACUUUAGAGAGCACCAAGACCAUCAUUUGGAAUGGACCCAUGGGUGUGUUCGAGUAUGAAAAAUUCGCAGUGGGGACUGAGGCGAUUGCAAAGAAGUUGGCUGAUCUGAGUGGAUCAGGGGUCACAACCAUCAUCGGAGGUGGUGACUCGGUGGCCGCUGUUGAGAAGGUCGGACUUGCUGCUAAGAUGAGCCACAUUUCAACCGGAGGAGGUGCUAGUUUGGAGCUGUUGGAGGGCAAGACUCUUCCAGGUGUUCUUGCUCUUGAUGAUGCCUAAACCGAAAUGGCAGUUCCUCCUCAUCCUUGACUUUUUUGAAGUAGUUAAUAGUUGCACGUUUCUCCAUGUCCGUCGAGAUCGUUUUCUCGAAGUUUUGGUAAUGUGAUCGAAUAAGUUUUCCCUUGUGAAGUGAAUUUCACCGUCUGUUGCUGAAACAAACCUUCAACUAUUCCAUGAGUUCCUUAUGCGAUACUGGUUAGGAUUUGUGUGUUUUCAA